AAUGGAAACCUCCCGCGUUUUUACCAUCGAACCCUUCCUCCGCUUUUUUUCAUUAGGUCGAACGCAAAAAGUAAAUAAAGUCGACGGAAAAUAACUGCGAAAACCCGACGGCGGGAUUUUAUCGGGCGUGAGACUUCUGAAUUCCGGUGUGGGGACCUAUCGGCUAAUUAACCUAAACCAAAAAAAUAUACGGAACCAUUUUAGGUUUCUGAGAAGGCAGAGGCGAGCGCAAAUAAUUAUUAAGCUACGAGGACUCUCUCCACUUGCUAUUAAUUUGAAGUGAGCGAAGAUGCCAAAGCACUACCGUCCGCCUGGGAAGAAGAAAGAAGGAAAUGCAGCCAAAUAUAUUACAAGAAACAAGGCUCUGAAUCGCCUUCAACUGAAAUUGCCUGAGUUCCGGCGAUUAUGUAUCCUUAAGGGAAUCUUUCCACGGGAACCGAAGAAAAAGAUUGAAGGAAAUAACAAAACAUAUUAUCAUAUGAAAGAUAUUGCCUUUCUUGCUCAUGAACCACUGCUUGUGAACAGCAGGGACCGUAAGGCAUUUGAAAAGAAGAUUAAAAAAGCUUUGGCAAAAAAGAACAAGAAAUUGGCUGAUUCUUUGGAAAAAAGAAAGCCAGCAUACACUCUUGAUCAUAUUGUGAGACAGAGGUAUCCAACCUUUAUUGAUGCCCUUCGCGACUUGGAUGAUGCCCUUACAAUGAUCCAUCUUUUUGCAGCAUUGCCUGCAGAAAAGACACAGGAUAUUCCUGUUGAGCGGGUCCAUAGCUGUCGAAGAUUAAGUCUCGAGUGGCAGGUCUACAUUUCUAGAAAGCAUUGUCUGCGUAAGACAUUUGUGUCUGUGAAAGGCAUUUAUUACCAGGCAGAAGUAGAAGGUCAGACUGUAACGUGGCUUACCCCACACGUUCUACAUCAAGUUCUCCCUAGUGAUGUUGAUUUUCGUGUCAUGCUGACUUUUGUAGAGUUUUACGAGACACUGAUGGGAUUUGCAAAUUUCAAACUUUAUAGCUCCAUUUUAUUAAAAUAUCCACCAGUGCUUGAUCCACAACUAGAAGCAGCAGCAGCAGAAUUGUAUGCAAUGGUCAAGGGCCUUGCUUCAAACACUGCAACCCUCCAGGAGGAGGAUUCUUCAGAUGCAAGUCGUAGUAAUGAUACUAUUGAGUCUGAGGUAAAUGAGCUGGAACAGAAAGAGAAAAGGUUAGCAGAGUCACAGGCAAGAUUAGCAUUGCUUCAGCAUCAGCUUUCAACAAUAGACAAUGAAACAGAUGCAACUAGUGACUGGAAGCAUGAAGACAUGGUGAUUCAAGUUAAGGAACAAUCUGGUGAUGGAGAAGAUGAAGACGAAGAAACAAAGUGCUGCAGGACUCUUUUUAAGGGUUUGAAAUUCUUCUUGGGUCGUGAGGUUCCCAGAGAGUCACUACUUUUUGUGAUUCCAGCAUUUGGUGGCAUUGCAUCAUGGGAUGGUUAUGGAGCUCCUUUCCAAGAAACUGACGAAAGCAUUACACAUCAGAUAGUGGAUCGGCCAACUCAGGGUCAUAAAUAUUUAUCUAGGGACUAUGUUCAACCUCAGUGGAUUUAUGAUUGUGUCAAUGCACGACUUAUCUUACCUACAGAGGAUUACAUGGUUGGAAGGGUUCUUCCACCUCAUCUUUCACCUUUUGUUAAUAAUGAAGUGGAGGGUUACUUGCCAGAGUAUGCUGAGACAAUCAAGCGCUUGCAAGUGGCAGAAAAGAAGCAACUUUUACCUAUGCCAGGGAUGGAAGAUCAGGAUAUGACUGAUCCACAAAACAUGCUGGCAGAUGCUGUUGCUCGUCGUAAUGAAGCUAAUGAAGCAGCAGAAAAGGAAAAAGUGGAAAUUGUGAGUGAGAUGGCGUAUCAAGAAGAUCUAGCAAAGGAACUUCAAGGCAUUCCAUAUUCAGCAUCUCUGUUAGGCACGGAGAAGGAAGGUUUGCAGGAAGCUUAUCAGGAGGAUUCUGCAUCUAAGAGAUUUGAGCCAGAAAAGGAUACCGAUGACUCUAAGGCAAUGUCAAAGAUUAUGAUGUCUGGGAAGAAGAGAAAGUUAUAUGAAGCCAUGCAGAUGGGUAAAGCCAAAAAGAAAGCGCAUGUCAAGCUCCUUGAGGAAAGGAAACAGAAAGCAGACAAAGUGGGCAAGAAAGACUGAUACAGUUUCCAAUCAUCGAAGAACAUUCUUUGGUAUAAUGCAUGCUAUAUCAUAUGCUUUCCAUUUAAAGGAAAGUGUAAUGAUUGAAGUACUAGGAUUUACUAGUUUCCAUAUAUUUCAAGCAGAAUUUUUAUCUUUCAAGGAGUUUCUGAUGUAUCGGCAAUUGGUAGUGGUAGACAUCAUGUGAAAGGUAAUUCUGUUGUAUCCAGAUAAGGUGAUCAAGAAUGAGUGAGAAUGCUUCCAAAUCUUGGGGAAUAUUCUCUGGCAUAGUGCAUAUUAUGGUAUAAAAUUUUCAUUACAGAUUCUUCAUCACCUGUUGCUUGGGCAACUAAACAUACGCUUUAAAGGUAAAGACUGCAGCACACAUUUUGAGAAGUAUUAUCGAGCACAUGGUAACUUCCAAAUUUUGUUUCAUUUCUUUUAUUCUUAGGCCGGCUUUUUUAUGAAUGUGGCCUUCCAUAUAUAAAAACUAAGUGUAUACUCUGGAGAGAGUUACCCUCUUGGUUAGCAAGACUUUUGACCAACUGAUGAAUGUCUUAUCGUUUCUUGGCACCUAAUAUGGGCAUUAGGCUAUUGAUGUUUUUA